ACGGACCCCUCGUGGCUACUGCGACUAGUAGUCAUAGCGCACGGCGCACUCACGCACGCAGGUUGCCUCGUCUCCUCGGCCAGUGCGGCGUACUGGUAAAAAAAAGGGCACUCGGAGUAGCUUGGCUAGUGCUCCACAUCGCUCGCUUUCCCCUGCCGGAGACGGAGACGGAGCUGGAGCUGAGCGUCGGAUGCCAUGGGUAGCGGCGCGUCGCGGCUGCUCACCGCGUGCGCGUGCUCGCGGCCGGCGCCGGCGCCAGCGGACGACGGGCCGUGCCUGGACGACGCGCUCGGUCACUCUUUCUGCUACGCCGCCAACCCCUCCUCGGCCGCGUACUCCUCCUCCUUCCGCCACGGCAUCUCCGGCGCCGCGCUCUCCGCCAACUCCUCCGUGCCCGUGCCGAUCUACCACUCCUCAUCCAACGGCGGCGGCAUGCCGCCGCAAUACUCGUCAGCCUUCCACACCUCCUCCUCCUUCUCCUCCGCGCCGCUGCAGCUCUCCAACCUCUCCUCGGGGCCGCUCUUCCUCUCGGGGCCCAUCGACCGCGGUGCCCAGCUGUCCGGCCCGCUCGACCAGGCCAUGCCCUUCUCCGGCCCGCUCCCAGCGAAGCCCACCAAACCCGCUCCCUCGUCAUCGUCGUUGCGAGGCUUCUCGAGGAGGUUCCGGAAGCCCUCGUUCGGCGGCCUGCGGCGGAGCGUCUCGGAGAAGAAUCGGCCCUGCGUCGCGCCGCUCCGCCGUGAGGACGGCGUGCAGUGGGCGCACGGCCGCGCCGGGGAGGACCGCGUCCACGUGGUGGUCUCCGAGGACCAGCGGUGGCUCUUCGUCGGCAUCUACGACGGCUUCAACGGCCCCGAGGCUCCCGACUUCUUGGUCGCCAACCUCUACCGCUUCCUGCUGCGCGAGCUCCGCGGGAUCUUCUACGAAGAGGCCGACGCGGACUCCAAGCGACUGUGGCAGUUCCUGGCGGACGACGACGACGAGGACAGCGAGCUCGACUUCUCGGGCUCCGGCCGGUUCGCACUAUCGCUCUCCAGGCUCAAGGAGCGGCGGCAUCCCAUGUGGGCCCAAGCGGCGGCUGCUGGCGACGGUCAAAGCAGCUGGGAGUGGGGCGUUAGGAAGUUGACAGCCGCACCGGCUGUGAGGGACCACAGGGCGGUGCUGGGCGCGCUCACCCGGGCGCUGGCAACGACAGAGGCGGCGUACCUGGACAUGACCAACCAAUCAAUGGGAUCCCACCCGGAGCUGGCGGUGACCGGAGCGUGCCUGCUCGUGGUGCUGUUGAAGGACGACGACGUGUAUGUAAUGAACCUUGGGGACAGCCGCGCCAUUGUGGCGCAGAGGCGGGACGGCGGCGACAAUUGUGUGCUUGGAACCCUGAGGGUGGAGAACAUUGGCGUGGGCUUGAAGACCGAGACGAGGCCCCCUGGGUAUGCCGUGAUUGGGCUUGAGGCAUUGCAGCUGUCGACUGAUCAUAGCACAAGCAUUGAAGAGGAAGUGCAGAGGAUCAAACGUGAACAUCCAGAUGAUGAUCAGUGUAUUGUAAAUGACAGAGUUAAGGGUCGUCUAAAAGUUACCCGUGCGUUUGGUGCAGGGUAUCUCAAACAGGCAAAGUUGAAUGACGGAUUGCUAGAGAUGUUCCGCAAUGAGUAUAUAGGUGACACACCAUAUAUAUCAUGCACACCUUCUCUUUGUCAUCAUAAGCUCUCCGUAAGGGAUAAAUUUCUGGUUCUUUCUUCUGAUGGUUUAUAUCAGUAUCUGACCAACGAGGAGGUAGUACUUCAUGUUGAGAAUUUCAUGGAGAGGUUUCCAGAGGGUGAUCCUGCACAGAGUUUAAUUGAGGAUCUACUCUCCCGUGCAGCAAAGAAAGCUGGUAUGGACUUUUACGAGUUAUUAGAUAUACCACAAGGGGAUCGCAGAAAAUACCAUGAUGAUGUCACGGUCAUGGUUAUUUCUCUCGAAGGGAGAAUCUGGAAAUCCUCUGGAACAUAUGUGUGAUGUUCAGCUGAUACACUGCCAGUGUUAGUAUUUUUUUUCUGAUGCAAUGUUCAGCUGAAAUAAUCUUCAGCCAGUCGGCACUCCUGGGCAAUUGCAUAUAUGAUCACCAAGAGAGGAAAGUCAGCCUGGCGUACAGGUCCAUACAAUUGCCAGCCGAAUUCUCCAGUUGGAGAUCUUUGCUGAUCCUGUUAUCAGCUUCGGCACAGCACGUGCCCAUGAGUUAACUCUGGGACACAUGAAAAUUGCAGAGAAGUGACAGCCAUGUGGGGAGGAAUUCCUCGUCAAAGCAGAGCCAAUUUUCUUUGUUUGCCACCACAACUUCGAUUGGUUACGUACUCACUGCUGGCAUUUUUUUCAACCUCGUUGUGCUGUCAUAGUGUCAUCGAGGUUGAUACACCUUUCAUCCUUGGAGAAAGACCUUUUAGGUACAUGCAGUUUUCCUCAUUCAUGCGAGGAAUGAGCCUGUAUUAUAUUGGAAACUGGAAUUGGUCAUUGCAGAGAAAUUGAUGAUUGACACCUCGUUUUGUCCUGAAGGUGGUGCUCCUGAUUGCUGACUGUUCCUUUAUUGUGAGCGGGGUACAUGAGAUUGAGGUCUCUAAAAGAUCGGGGGAGUAACUUCCUUAUUUGUUA